AUGGCCACACCUCCGCAUCCCGCGCCGCCCCUCGCGCUACCCGUCAUCCCAGCCGCGCAACUCGCCUCCCACAAGUUCAUCAAGCCCAAGAAAUGCAUCAACGAAGGCCACCACGUCGCCCACUUUCUCACCUCCAAAGCCUACAGGGACAUCGGCAUCUUCAUCCUCCAACUGAACCACUCCCUCUGCCCCCGAAAUCAAGCCUCCUCGCCCACCCCCAAGACAUUUCCCCUCACGCCAGGCUCUCCAUCCUCCACGCCUUCUGUCCAGGCUCUUCAGCAGCUACUGUCCGAUGUCGAGGCCCUCGUCGAGCAGGCGCCUCCCGACCCGGGACCACGGCGCUUCGGAAAUGUCAGUUUCCGGAGAUGGCACGAACUCGUCCAGGACCAUCUCGACUCGUUCCUGGACAAGGGUAUUCUCGGAGAAGCCCUAGCCACCAAGGGAGCCGACGGGUCCACGGCCAAGGAUGAAGUGGCUGCCUACCUACUAGGCGCCUUUGGUAGCGCGCAGAGACUGGACUACGGGACCGGCCACGAACUGAGCUUCGUCGCAUUCGUCGCAUGUCUCUGGAAACUGGGAUUUUUCAACGACCCAAAGGAGGGCGGUGAAAUCGAGCGCGAGGUCGUCCUGAAUGUCAUUGAGCCUUACCUUCGCGUCGUGCGCGCCCUCAUCCGCAAAUACACCCUCGAACCUGCGGGCUCCCAUGGCGUAUGGGGGCUUGACGAUCACUCUUUCAUCCCCUACAUCUUCGGAUCCGCCCAGUUCACACGCCCCAUCACGCUCGCGACCGAGCCCAUGCCCCUCGAGGGCUCCGUCAAGGGUGCCCCCAAGCCAGGAGACAUCACCAAACCCGAUGUCGUCAAGCAUCUGCGCCAAUCAAACAUGUACUUUUCGGCAGUAGGCUUCAUCAAUGACGUGAAGAAGGGGCCGUUUUGGGAACACUCACCUAUCUUGUUUGACAUCUCGGGCAUCAGGGAUGGGUGGGGCAAGAUUAACAAAGGCAUGAUUAAAAUGUUCAACGCUGAAGUGCUGUCCAAGUUUCCCGUGGUGCAACAUUUUCCAUUUGGAUCACUAUUGUCAUGGGACGCAGAUCCUACUGCGCCUGCACCUUCUCAGAGCGUUCACAUGAUGAACCAGCCCGUGGCCGUCGCGCCGUCUACUGCCGCACAUACACCUCUACCUCCGUCUGCUAUUGGAACGGCCGCGCCAUGGGCACAGGCGACCAGGAUGCCGCCGCCUCCCGGUCCAGGAAUCCCUUAUUCGAGGCUACCCCCAGGGCCAAGAACAGGCUCGUUAGCAUCUAGACCAUCUCGUGGCGAAGGAUCUGGUUCAGGGUCUGCUGCAGCUCAAAUCACCGUCACUGAGGCGCCAUGGGCGCUGGAGUGA